UAAACCAAUGUGUGAAUAACACAGACAAUAAUUGACCGGUAAAAAAAAAAGCGGAUAAUUUCACCCUAAUUUUUACUAGUUUCCAAAAACCUUUCUUUUUUUUUGUCCCAAUAGCCGUAAAAAAGGUUAAAAAAACAAAAACCCAGAAAAACCAACUCUCUCUUCUCUCUCGUCUCGUCUCGUCUCCAAUGGCUAUCGCUCUCAAUCUCUGAAUCUCAUCCUCUGUCUCUUUCUCUCAAUCAGAGAGAUUUCUCCAUUAUUCUUCAAUUUUCAGUUUCUUUCUUUUCUUUCUUUUCCCACUUUCAAUUAAUUUUUUUUUUGCAUAAACACUAUUAACACCAAUACACAAAUAUAUACAAAUAUCUUCUCUCUCUCGGCUCCAAUGGAUUCUCCGAAACUCCCGUACUCUCUCUCCGCCUCUUCCUCCACCCCAUUUGCUUCCUCCGCCGUAAAACCUCACCGGAAAACGGUCCUUUCCCGUAACUGCAUCCUCAUCAUCAUCGCCAUGUCCUCUAUUCUCCUCCUUCUCUUAACUCUCCUCAUCUACGCCACCGUCUCCAAAUCCUCCCACAACCACCGCAACUCAACACCCCAAUCACCAACCUCCAAAGAUAAUCCUCCGCCGGAGACUCCUCUCCCUCCUCCCAUCGCUCAGAUCCGUCUCGCCUGCAACGCGACUCGUUUCCCAGACCACUGCGUCGCCUCCCUCUCUAAACCGGGUCAAGUCCCUCCGGAUCCUAAACCGGUUCAAAUCAUCCACUCCGCGAUUUCAGUCUCAUACGAGAAUCUCAAAACCGGCCAAUCGAAAAUCAAGUCUAUCCUAGACUCAUCCGCAGAUAAUAAAAACCGUACGAACAUCGCCAAAAUUUGCCUCGAGAUCCUCUCUUACGCUCAGCACCGUACCGAAUCGACGGACGUGGCCAUGACGAGCGGCCAAAUCAAAGACGCUCGUGCGUGGAUGAGCGCUGCUCUAGCUUACCAGUUCGAUUGCUGGUCAGGUCUCAAAACCGUCAACGACACGAAGCAGGUCGUCGACACGGUCACGUUCUUCGAAGGCCUCGUGAACCUAACCGGUAACGCGUUGAGCAUGAUGCUAUCGCUCGACAGUUUUGGAGACGACGUCGUUUCGUGGAUCCGUCCAGCGACGGAACGAGAUGGGUUUUGGGAGAAAGCUGGGCCGGGUUUGGGCUCGGGUACUACGGGCGCAACAACGAAGGCUAACUUAGGAGUUCCGUUUGGUUUAACGGAAGACGUGACGGUGUGUGGGACAGGGUGUACUCACAAGACGGUGCAGGAAGCCGUUAACGCAGCGCCGGAUGCUAACGGAACCGUUAAGUUUGUGAUACGGAUUAGAGAAGGCGUGUAUGAGGAAACCGUUAGGGUUCCGUUUGAGAAAAAGAACGUCGUCUUCAUCGGAGACGGAAUGGGCAAAACGGUAAUUACAGGAUCGUUGAAUGUCGGACAACCAGGGAUGACAACGUUCGAGUCUGCAACUGUCGGAGUUCUCGGCGAUGGAUUUAUGGCUCGUGAUUUAACCAUAGAGAACACAGCAGGAGCAGACGCGCACCAAGCGGUUGCGUUUAGAUCAGACAGCGAUUUCUCUGUAGUUGAAAACUGCGAGUUUCUUGGAAACCAAGACACUGUUUACGCUCACUCUCUCCGUCAGCUUUACAAACAAUGUCGAAUCCAGGGCAAUGUAGACUUCAUAUUCGGUAACUCAGCUGCUGUUUUCCAAGACUGUGAUAUCCUUAUCGCUUCAAAACAUUCCAAAGUCGAGCAAGGCGCAAACAACGCGAUCACAGCACACGGGAGGAUCGACGCGGCUCAGUCCACGGGAUUUGUGUUUUGGAACUGUUCGAUUAAAGGAACAGAGGAAUACAUGAAGGAGUAUCAAGCUAACCCUAAAGGGCAUAAGAACUUCUUGGGAAGGCCAUGGAAGGAAUUUUCGAGGACGGUUUUUGUAAACUGUAAUCUUGAGUCAUUGAUUAGUCCUGACGGAUGGAUGCCUUGGAACGGGGAUUUCGGGUUGAAGACUUUGUAUUACGGUGAGUAUAACAAUACAGGUCCGGGAUCGGUUAGAUCGAGUAGGGUUCCAUGGAGUAGUGAGAUACCAGAGAAGCAUGUUGAUGUUUACUCGGUCGCCAAUUUUAUUCAGGCUGAUGAGUGGGCUUCUACCACUGCUUGAUUUUUGUAAAGGAAAAAAGAGGUUCUUAGGGUUUUAUAAAAAAAAAUGUCAUGAGAGGUCGUCAUUGUAACUUUUUGUUGUAGUGUCAAAUAUUAUUAGUGUGGUAUUAUCGUUAUCGCUCAUUGAGAUUCAUAGUCAUCAACCAAUCAUAAAGAUAUAAUUUUUUGAGUGAUGGAAGAAA